AUGCUGUAUACGUUUGACAGGACAUCAGUAAUCGGCAGUGAUCUGAACCAAUGCUGGACUCUGUCGGCCGUCAAACAUCCCGAACUCGUGGCCGUCAAACAAACGGUCCAACAAAUAGCACAAACAUAUGGAGAAGAGGUGGACGUAUACAUCGAUCUUCACGCACACACCUGUCUGUUAGGCGCCUGUAUUUACGGCGUUUGUAGGGAUGAUGUCUUCCAUAUGGAAAGACACGCUUUGUUUCCCAAAUUAUUGAGCCUAAGAGCGGAUGACUUCUACAUCGAUAACACUGUCUAUUGUAAGGAAACGUAUCGCACGGCCAGUAGUACUCGGAGUUAUCGGAUCAUUGGCCACAUAUUGCAUAUGGAUAUACCACCAGAAGUGAUGCAUUUGUUAUCGCAUAGCAAUGACGGAACAGUUACUCCCGAUGACUACAAACUUAAGAAUCCCAUCACUUCGGAGUCUAUUGAACCAAAUGUCGCUCAAAACGAGUGA